AUUACCAACUGAGAACAACAAGUUUGCUCUGGUCUUGGCUUUUGCCCUGGAUGAGGUCAACAGGAACCCUGAUUUAUUACCAAAUAAAUCUUUAGUAUUUAAUUUCACAGAAUAUAAUUGCUUUAGGGUGUCUCAGUUAUACAGUCUCUAUCAAACUGUGGAACAAGAUCCUGAAAUCACCCCUAAUUAUGCAUGUAAGAAAAUUCAAUGUCUUAUGGUGAUUACAGGACCAUACUGGGAAACAUCUGUGAUGAGUGCAUAGUACCUCUCGCUGAUCCCUGCUUCCUAGAUCAUACAGCUUACCUAUGGACCUUCCCAUCCAAUGCUGAAUGAUCGUGAAAAAUUUCCCAAUCUGUAUCAGAUGGCCCCCAAGGAUACAUCUCUAGCCUUGGCCAUGGUCUCUGUCAUACUUUACUUCAGGUGGAACUGGAUAGGCCUGGUCAUCUCUGACAAUGAUCAGGGUAAGGAAUUUCUCUCAUAUUUAAGAAGAGAGUUGGAAAACAAUACAAUCUGUUUGGCCUUUGUAAAUAUGAUUCCAAUCAACACACAGUUGUACAUGUCAAGAGCUGAAACUUAUUAUAACCAAAUUGACACAUCAUCCACGAAUGUUGUUAUCAUUUAUGGUGACACAGACAGUACUCUUUCUGUGAGCUUUCAAAUGUGGGAAUCCAGAGGUUUACAGAGAAUAUGGGUCAUCACCUCACAGUGGGAUGUGACUAUUAGUAAAAGAGAAUUCAUUCAUGACUCAUCCCAUAUGACUCUAGUUUUUGCACAAUAUCAUGGUGAGAUUUCUGGCUUUAAAAAUUUUGUCCAGAGAAUGAACCCUCUGGAAUACACAGAUGAAUACCUUGCAAGGCUGGAGUGGAUGAAUUUUAACUGUGACGUCUCCAUGUCCAAUUGUAAUACACUGAAGAACUGCUCUUUGAAUGACGCUAUGGAAUGGGUAUUGGUACGGACUUCUGACAUGGACUUUAGUGAUGACGAUUACAACAUAUACAAUGCUGU